AUGAGCAAAGGACUGCGAUCUCUCGGAAUGGUGAAGAAGCUGGGUCAGUGGCUCCCACAUGCAUUGAGCGACGGCAACAGCCAAAGACGGCUGGAAAUCUGCACUCAGCUGUUAUCCAGAAGCCGCAGAUUCGACUGGCUGGACACCAUUUUCACUGGAGAUGAAGAAUGGGUCCUCUACGUCAACCACACCCACAAACGUGCGUGUUGCGCUAGCGAUGAAAUGCCGGAUCCUUUCGUGAAAGGUGAAAUCCAUGAGAAGAAGGUCAUGCUGAGAGUCUGGUGGGGAGUUCAUGGAAUCUACCGUUUCGAGCUGCUGCCGGACAACACGGCAGUUACUGCCGAGGUCUACUGCGCUCAACUGCAAAGACUAGCCGACAAGAUCCGCAAGGAGCACCUGAAGCUCGACAACGUUCGCCUGCUGCACGGUAACGCGCCCUCACAUCGCGAAGAAGACUUCCCAGAAAAUUCUGGAGCUCGAAUGGGAAGUUCUACCGCACCCACCGUAGGAGUUUUACGCCAAAGGAAUCUGUGA